AUGGCCACUUUCCACCCAUUUUCCCGCCUCCCCUUUGAAAUUCGCACCAUCAUCUGGCAGAUGACUGUUGAGCCUCGUCAAGUUGAGCUCCGUAUCAAUCGCCCCCCUGGAAUAUUCCGAACACUCUCCGCAAUGUCGACAACACCCGUACCGGCGGUAAUGCAAGUUUGCCACGAGGCCCGCAAUCUCGGACUAUACCAGCGCGAAUUCACGUUUGGGGAUGAACCGCGCUACCUCUGGGUCAACCUUGAAAUUGAUCUGAUCUCUAUUGGGAAGACCUCGUUUCGCCAGCUCGGGGAUGACCGACGCAUCAUUCGCCGUAUCAAGUGUCAAAGGGAGAACUCAACAAACUUUUUUAAUUCCGCACUUCGCGAGAUCAAGGAGUUCACUAAUCUCAAUGAGAUGCAUAUCGUUUGCGAGGAUGGCCUCCUUGCAUGGCAAGACGCGUGGGAAUAUUUACCCUGGCCUUGCCCAAGAGACAAUGUCAGGUUUAUUGACAUUGAGUCGGGAGAAAUGGUGGAUGGAUACACACUGGACAAGAGGUGUGAUGAAAUUCUUGCUCAAGAAGAGGAGCAGGUUUGA